CCUCUGCUUCUGCCACCUUCGCUCGCCUUCUAGACUCCUCCCCGCUCCUCCAUCCACCGCUCGCCCCGCUCACCCCCACGCCCCGCCUCCACUAUAAAUCUCUCUCGCCCCAUCGGCCCAAUUCAUUCAAGCCGAGAGCAACGCCCCAAUUCAGCAGACACCUCGAUCGAUCAAACGACGCAACUCGAAUAAUCGAUCCUUAUUCUCUCUCGCAGUCGCAGAGCCCCAGUGCGACGAGAUCGACGAUGGCGUACAUGCGCGUGACGCACCGCGACGAGGAGGGCAAGAAGGUGACGGAGAAACUGCCCGUCCCGGAGGCGCGCCGCCCGGACACCGCCAAGUACAUCGAGCGCAAGCUCGAGGAGCAGGGCUUCCACCGCUUCGAGCGCCACCCCGCCAACGCGCCCCGCGGCGUCGGCAUCGGCACCCCGCCGCCCAAGUCGGGCCGCGGCGGCAAGUACACCUGGGAGGGCCCCGGCGGCCUCGUCGAGGACGAGCUCGACCCGGCGCCGCCCGCCAUCGACCCCAACGACCCCAACUACGAGGACGACGACGGAGCCGUGGACGAGGUGGCCAAGGACGUGGUCGUCGGGGAGGUGGAGGUCGCCAAGGUGGCCGAGGGCAGGGACGGCGUCGCCAGGGUCGACGUCGCGCCGCCCCUGCUCCAGGAACAGCAGCAGUAGCUAGCUCCAGUACUUCUAGCUGGCUUCUGAGACCUCACCUAGCAACUCAUUGCCCAUCGUCAUCCAUGUGGUGAUUGUUGAGCUUGGACGUGAACUGUGUUCUGGUGCACUAAGCCCCUAAUCAAUCAAUAAUCGAAUGUGAAUUAAACUCAGAUUAACUUUCAAUUUAAAUCGCGAUUACUUGCAAA